AUAUUUCCCAGAAUUAUUUGCCCGGGCCACGAUGACGUCACGGAUGUAGCAACAGGAAGUGUGGAGCCGUUUAGCUGCAGAUAAGGAAUGACCUGUACACUUGAGAAGGUGCUGGCCGAUGCCAAAUCGCUUGUGGAGAGACUUUGUGAUCAUGACAAUGCUGCUGAGAUCCUGAUAGAACAAACCACACUACUGAACAAGAGAGUGGAGGCCAUGAAACAGUAUCAGGAAGAGAUUGAGGUGCUGAACCAGGUUGCGAGACAUCGGCCACGCUCUACGCUGGUCAUGGGCAUCCAGCAGGAAAACCGACAAAUACGGGAACUACAACAGGAAAAUAAAGAGUUGCGCACGUCACUGGAGGAACAUCAGUCUGCGCUGGAGCUGAUCAUGAGUAAAUACAGAGAGCAAAUGUUUCGCCUUCUGAUGGCCAGCAAGAGAGACGAUCCUGCGAUAGUCACCCAGCUCAGAGAACAACAUACUAAUGAGAUGCAAGUGCACAUUGAAAAAAUAAAUGAAAUGGCCACAGUGAUGAGGAAAGCCAUCGAAGUGGAUGAAGGGCGACCAUGUGAGGAUGAAAAGAGAAUCAAGCGACUGGAGCUGGAGAACAGUGGCCUGCGUGAGCUUUUGGGUAUCAGCCGUGAGGCUUUUCUGGUGCUGAAGAGCAACGACACGUCUGACAGUACGUCUCUCUCUCCGCUGCUCACCAGCACAGACGUCAGUCUGAGGAAGAGCUAAAGACCAUGACAUCACCACUCACAUGACCAGCGUGUAGAAACAAACAUUCAGAGCUGUCCUACAAAUCCCAGAAUUCCUCCAUGAUCGCAGGGUCAUGACCUCACUUACUCAUCAGACGGCGACGGCUGUCAUGAGCGAUUAUACGCUCUCUGUGUCUGUGGGACAUUUUGAAAGUGUCAGCAUCUGAAUAUACUGGGGGCGAGUAAUUCUUCUCAUCUGAUCACUUAGUCCAUCAUAAACACUUUUUUCAGGAAAAGUCAAAUGACCAAUCUGACUCUUUAUGAAAACAGAAUCAUUUGAGCUGAGCUAAUUGAUUGCCAUAUUGUGAAUUAUUACUUGAUCGUUGGACUUUCUGAAGCGAAUGUGCACGCGAUGUGCCAUUUUAAUAAAAGGUUGUUUUUUUGCUUGUAUUUGUGACAGUGUUUUAUGUGUGUAUGAGAGAAUGUAUUGUUGAAAGUGAUUAAAGUGGUUGUGAAGUUUGUAAAAUUCUAUAAGUUCAAACUGUGGAACUGUACAGAUAUUAAAGUCAACAUGAAAUCAAAAUUGACCCCACUUUCCUGGUCUUGCUGCGAAUGAUCAGUUAAUCCAAACCCCAAAAAAUGAAAUGUUUGUCUUUAUCUUCAAAAUGUGAUGGCAUGCUCUGCCUCUUACUUGCUUUCUAUGUUCUUUAGUUUAUUACUGGCUCAACAGAGCGCAACAGUAUUUUUUCUAUAGAGAAUUUAAAUAAAAUCAUUCGAGUUGUAAACUACCAACCCAACCAGCUCCGAGGUGAAUCACAAAAUUACAAACUCUGAUUUGAAGAAAAAAGUGUUUGUAAAUGGGACAAAAUGACGAAGGUACCAAAACUGCACUUGUCUUUAAUUAGGGAAUUAACUACAAUACGAUAUGAAACAAUUGAUUUAACAUCGUUAAUAAAAAGUACAUAUG